UUCGCAGGCUGAGCGGGACGCGCGGCGGCGGCUGAGGCGGGCGCGGCAGGAUGAAUGCAGGCUCCGACCCCGUGGUCAUCGUCGCAGCGGCGCGGACCGUCAUUGGCUCCUUCAAUGGCGCCAUGUCCACCGUGCCGGCCCACGACCUGGGCGCCACCGUCAUCAAGGAAGUCCUGAAAAGGGCCGCGGUGGCUCCGGAGGAGGUGUCCGAGGUCAUCUUCGGCCACGUCUUGGCCGCAGGGUGUGGGCAGAAUCCUGCCCGGCAAGCCAGUGUGGCUGCAGGGAUCCCCUAUCCCAUUCCAGCGUGGAGCUGCCAAAUGGUGUGUGGGUCAGGCCUAAAAGCCGUGUGCCUGGCAGCCCAGUCCAUACGGAUAGGUGACUCCAGCAUUGUGGUGGCCGGAGGCAUGGAAAGCAUGAGCAAGGCUCCUCACCUAGCUCACCUGAGAACAGGAGUCAGGAUGGGUGAGAUGCCCCUGGCCGAUAGCAUUCUGCAUGAUGGUCUUACAGAUGCCUUUCACAACUAUCAUAUGGGCAUUACAGCUGAAAAUGUUGCCAAGCAAUGGCAGGUGAGUAGAGAAGAUCAGGACAAGGUUGCACUGCUGUCCCAGAACAGGACAGAGCAUGCACAGAAAGCUGGCCAUUUUGACAAAGAGAUUGUACCAGUUCUCGUGUCUUCCAGAAAAGGCAUUACUGAAGUGAAAACAGACGAGUUUCCUCGCCAUGGGAGCAACCUUGAAGCCCUGGCCAAGCUGAAGCCAUACUUCCUUACAGACGGCACGGGGACCGUCACCGCAGCUAAUGCUUCAGGAAUCAAUGAUGGUGCUGCAGCUGUGGUUCUUAUGAAGAAGUCAGAAGCUGAAAAUCGUGGUCUUAAACCUUUAGCACAGAUUGUUUCCUGGUCACAAGCAGGUGUGGACCCUUCUAUUAUGGGAACCGGACCCAUUCCAGCCAUAAAGCAAGCUGUCUUUAAAGCAGGCUGGUCUCUGGAGGAUGUCGAUGCAUUUGAAAUCAAUGAAGCCUUUGCAGCUGUCUCUGCUGCCAUAGCUAAAGAACUUGGAUUAUGCCCAGAGAAGGUCAACAUUGAGGGAGGGGCUAUAGCCUUGGGCCACCCCCUUGGAGCAUCUGGCUGUAGGAUCCUUGUAACCCUGCUACACACACUGGAGAGAAUGGGCAAGAGCCGUGGUGUUGCAGCCCUGUGUAUUGGAGGUGGGAUGGGAAUAGCAAUGUGUGUUCAGAGAGGGUGAACCGCUUAACAGUACUCACAACUAUACGUGAACCUUGAUUUUUUUUCAACGUAAAUUGUAAUAUGUAAAAUCUAAGGACCAAAAUGAGGAAGGGAACCAUUCUACAACUUCAGAAGAAUCCAAGUUUACAGAUUGUGUGUGUUAAUAUUUACAUCUAACAUUGUUAUAAAUAAAGGGGAGAUCAGUCAUGAAAGACUCCAGAGUAAACCGCA